AUGAGCCCGUUUCUGACCAACAUUACCAACCUCACAGAAGAGAAAAGCAAGAUACUUAACAAGAUUACCAACCUCACAGAAGAGAAAAGCAAGAUGCUUAACAAGAUUACCAACCUCACAGAAGAGAAAAGCAAGAUGCUUAACAAGAUUACCAACCUCACAGAAGAGAAAAGCAAGAUACUUAACAAGAUUACCAACCUCACAGAAGAGAAAAGCAAGAUGCUUAACAAGAUUACCAACCUCACAGAAGAGAAAAGCAAGAUGCUUAACAAGAUUACCAACCUCACAGAAGAGAAAAGCAAGAUGCUUAACAAGAUUACCAACCUCACAGAAGAGAAAAGCAAGAUGCUUAACAAGAAUACCAACCUCACAGAAGAGAAAAGCAAGAUACUUAACAAGAUUACCAACCUCACAGAAGAGAAAAGCAAGAUGCUUAACAAGAUUACCAACCUCACAGAAGAGAAAAGCAAGAUACUUAACAAGAUUACCAACCUCACAGAAGAGAAAAACAAGAUGCUUAACAAGAUUACCAACCUCACAGAAGAGAAAAGCAAGAUGCUUAACAAGAUUACCAACCUCACAGAAGAGAAAAGCAAGAUGCUUAACAAGAUUACCAACCUCACAGAAGAAAGAAACAAGAUACUGACCAACAUUACCAAUCUCACAAAAGAGAGAGACCAGCUACAGGAGAAAAAUAAGGAUGGAUGGUUUUACUAUCAGUCCAGUUUUUACUUCAUUUCCUCUGAAGAGAAGAGCUGGUCUGAGAGCAGAAGAUACUGUUCAGACAGAGGAGCGGAUCUCAUCAUUGUAAACAACAGUGAAGAACAAGAUAUUCUUAAUAAAUUGUCUGGUCGUAUUGCUGUCUGGAUUGGUCUGACUGGCAGUGGUAAAAAUAGGAGUUGGACGUGGAUCGAUGGCACCAACAUGACCACUGGGCUCUGGAGUCAUGGAGAACCCAACGAAGCUGGAGGAGAGAUCUGUGCUGUGUCUCGUUCAUCAGAAUGGAACAUUUCACACUCCGAUGAGAAGACCUUUGAUCAUGUUUAA